CGAAGCUGCGCAGCACUUGAUGCUCUCAGAACCGACUUCCGUGAAGGAUAAUGCGCGGAAAUGCCUGCCCCGCUAUAUGCACGAUAUGUGCCACCCAAAAAGCCUGAGGCUCCUGUUGCUCAGCUCGAAGCUCCAUCCCAUCCUACUCCAGAGACGAGCAUAGUUGAAAACUCACUUUACGCCCGCUAUGUGCCACCCAAGAAAGCGAAACCUGCUGCGGCAGAUGCGGUCACGACAAACCAUGGCAACAUUGCCACCAAUGUGGAAGAAUCAGAAAAUCUGAAGGAACAAGAGGUUUCUCAGGGCAGGAAGCGGAAAAGAGACGAAGCGAUAGCCACCGAGCUUGAGAAGAAAGCCAAAUCAAAGAAUAAGGAAAAGAAACACAAGACGAGGGCACUUCAGGUAGCACAAGAAGUUGUGGAAGAUGCGUCAGAAUCACAUGACGCGGAUAAAGGGCCCGUUACGGCCAUCGUAGAGACGCACAGAGACAACCAGAGCAUUGACGACUUGACGGCUCCUGAAGCGGAUGAUGUCAAUGCGAUCCUCGCCAAGUACAGCGUGACAGGGAGGGCGAAUUACAGGGUGCAACAUGAGAAAGAACAACAUGAGGUUGGCUCUACGGGCGACGCUGAGAGCGAUGAUUACGAUCCUGAAGCAGGUGCUCAGGCCGUCUUCGCAAAAUAUCGCAAAGCCCUCACCUUGUCGCAAAAGCGCCAGAAGAAAGAGGCCAAGGCAGAAUCGGAGAGGGAGAAGAGCCCAGAGCCAGAACUGCACGAUCUUGUACCGAUUCCGCAGCCCGAAAAGGCUCCGCGAGCGCCUUACAAAGCUACAUUCAGCUCCCUGCCGGAGUGGAUAACGAAUCCGAGAGCUGUGCAGUCAGACGUGACGUUGCCGUUCAGCGAGUUGAACCUGGGCGACAAAAUAGCGGGAAAUCUUUCCCGCAAGAAGUUCGCAAACGCUCUAGCUGUACAGGCUGCCGUGCUGCCUUUGCUGCUUCCUGGGCGAGACAAAUAUCGAGGGGACGUGUGUGUCUCCGCACCGACGGGCUCAGGUAAAACUCUUUCUUAUGUUCUGCCCAUGGUUGCAAGCAUGCAGGAAAGAGCGAUGACGCGUCUGCGCGGAAUAAUCGUCGUACCCACAAGAGAACUGGUCACACAAGCAAGAGAGGUAGCAGAAAUGUGUGCGGCUGGAACCGGCGUCAAAAUUGGCACUGCUGUAGGCAGCGUUGCACUUGCGACGGAACAGCAACAGCUUGUAAAAAGAGGCCAAAAAUAUGAACCCGAAGCACGAAAAGCCCUCGACGAAGAGGCUGACAGUAGAAUCAACUUAGGGUUCGAUAAGGACGACGAUGUGCUUAAGGAGAUUGUGGAUCUGAUGCCUGAUCAUGUCCCCGAGUACGAUUCGGCGGUUGACAUCCUCAUCUGCACACCCGGACGUCUGGUGGACCACAUACGAUCUACAACUGGCUUCACUGUCAACUAUGUCGAGUGGCUUGUUAUCGAUGAAGCCGAUCGAUUACUUGAUUCGAAUUUCCAGGACUGGGUUGAUGUUGUCCUUCCUGCUCUGGAGCUCGGUGAACAGGACCCCAGGGCCAUAGUCCUAGCCGCACGGAAGGAGAAAGCCAUAGCGAAGGCGGUACGGAAAGUUAUUUUAAGCGCAACAAUGACACGGGACCUCAGCCAGCUAGCCAGUCUGAGACUCAACCGGCCGACUUUGGUAGCAAUCGUUGAGCCGGAAAAGCCACAGACGGAGGAAGAGGAGAAGACGCAAAAUGGACUGAGCGCUAUGCUCCCUUCCACUCUCAAAGAGAGCGCCGUACCUGUCGGCGACGGCAGUGAGAAGCCGCUCUAUUUGCUAAGGCUUCUUGAGCAGCGUUUGGAGAUCUUUGCACAAGACUCAACAGCGACCGUGUUGGUGUUUUGUGCAAAUGACGACAACGCAACGCGCCUAGCUCGACUUCUCUCGCUCCUUUCGCCGCCUCUGGCGUCACGGACGGCAGUGUUGACGAAGUCGGUAACAACGGCGUCACGGCGAAAGAUUCUCCACUUAUUUGGCAGAGCCGAUGGCAUUGCGAUAGUUAUCUCGACAGAUCGAUCAUCGCGCGGCCUGGAUGUCGAGAAUCUGACUCACGUCGUCAAUUAUGACAUUCCACCUUCAGUCACGUCCUAUGUUCACAGAGUAGGUCGAACGGCUCGCGCAGGAAGAUCUGGCGAUGCAUGGACAUUGGUCACGGACACGGAAGCGAGGUGGUUCUGGAAGACGAUCGCCAAGGGUGGCGAGAUCAAUCGCGCUGACAGAGCUGUGGAACGAGUUCGGUUGGGUGAAGCGGAUGACGCUACGAAGGAGUCGUAUCAAAAUGCCCUGGAACAGCUCGAGGAAGCGGUAAAAGGCCGGUAGCAUAUUUUGAAUCACAAAUG